AUGUCUGACGACGAGGUUAUACGUUUUGAAAUUACUGAUUAUGAUUUAGAUAAUGAAUUUAAUCCUAAUAGAAGUCGAAGAGCCAAAAAAGAACAACAGAUAUAUGGUGUAUGGGCAAAAGACAGUGAUGAGGAAGACAAUGAAGAUAAUAUUAGGCAAAGAACUCGAAAACCUAAAGAUUUUUCAGCGCCUAUUGGAUUUGUUGCUGGGGGAGUACAGCAGACUGGCAAGAAGAAAGAAGAAAAAAAAGAACUAUUGGAAAAAUCUGAAGCAUCAACUUCAAGAGGUAAGUAUGUAGACAGUUCAGAUGAAGAAAUGCCAGCACCAGACGAGAGUGAAACAGCUGGCAUUCGCAGAGCUGGUCAAGGCAUGAGAGGAAUCAAUCUGGGUGGAAAUGUUGGUGCAUGGGAAAAACAUACCAAGGGUAUUGGGGCCAAAUUGUUAUUACAGAUGGGCUACCAACCAGGAAAGGGUCUGGGUAAAGACCUGCAAGGUAUUUCAGCACCAGUGGAAGCAACAUUGAGAAAGGGAAGAGGAGCUAUUGGAGCUUAUGGCCCUGAAAAAGCAGCGCAAAAAGCUAAAAAGGAAGAAGAAAAAAGACUGAAAGAGAAAGAAGAAGAAGCAAAAUGGACAAAAGAAAAAAAUUAUAAUUGGAAGAAGUCACAUAAAGGACGAUAUUUUUAUAAAGAUGCUGCUGACGUCAUACAAGAGGGUAAACCCACAACUCAUACUAUUAGCAGCAGCGAGCUGUCCCGCGUGCCCGUGAUCGACCUGACGGGGCGCGAGCGCAAGGUGCUGAGCGGCUACCACGCGCUGCGCGCCGCCGCGCCGCGCUACGAGCACGAGCCGCGCCGUGCCUGCACGCGCUUCCACAUGCCCGAGCUCGCGCACAACCUCGCGCUCGUGCUGGACUGCUGCGAGCAGGAUAUAAUUCAAAAUGCCCGUGAACUGCAACAGGCGGAGGAUGAAAUAGUAGUUCUAGAAAGAGAUCUGGAUGAAUGUAAUGAGAAGGUGAAAAAUGAAGACGAAGUCAUUGAGAAGAUGCAAGAGAUAAUCAUGAGAGUUGAGAAAUUAAAUGAGCCAGACAUAUCCUUAGACAAUGCAUUUGAAGUUCUAACUGAUUUAAAGGAACGCUUCCCGGUGGAGUACGAGGUGUUCGGUCUGGGCGUGGUGGGCGGCGCCGCGCUGUCGCCGCUGCUGAGCGCGCUGCUGGCCGCCGGCGCCGCGCGCCCGCCGCCCGCCUUCCUGCGCGCGCGCGCGCUGCUGCCCGACCACGCCUACCACUCGCUGCUGUGGCAGCACUUCGUGCCCAGCGUCGCUGCUGCUGCUGAAUCGUGGAACCCCCGCACGCCGGAGCCGAUGCUGGAGCUGAUCCAGGCGUGGAGCGCGGCGUGCCCGGGCUGGGUGGUGCGCGCGUGCGUGGCGCGCCACGUGCUGCCCGCGCUGCUGGCCGCGCUGCGCGCCUGGGACCCCACGCGCGACACGCUGCCCGUGCACCACUGGGUGCUGCCCUGGCACGACCUGGCCGCGGAGGAGCUGAACGCGUCGGCGUACCCGGUGAUCCGGUCGCGGCUGGCGGCGGCGCUGGCGGCGUGGCACCCCGCCGACGCGUCCGCGCGCCCGCUGCUGGCGGCCUGGCGCCGCGCCUGGGGGCCGGCGCUGGCGCCGCUGCUGCAGCACCACGUCCUGCCCAAGCUGGAGCACUGCCUGCAGCUCUCCGGCGUAGACCUGCUGGGCGGCGACAACGCGGCGUGGCGCUGGUGCGUGGAGUGGCAGGAGCUGCUGGGCGCGCCGGCGCUGGGCGCGCUGGCGGCGCGCGCGCUGCUGCCGCGCUGGCUGGCGGCGCUGGCGGCCUGGCUCAACGCCGCGCCGCCGCACGCCACCGUGCUCGCCGCGUACACACACUUCAAGAAAAUGUUUCCAGAAGAAGUCCUAAAAGAACCAGCGGUUCGUGAUGCCUUCAGGAAAGCCCUAGAUAUGAUGAACCGAAGCACCGACAUCGAUUCCGUAGACCCGCCCCCUCCCCCGCGCAUCACCCUCGCAGACCCAAAAGAAACCUCCAAAAUCGACAUCCUAGCCUCCAUUUCCCAACAAAAAAGCUUUUCAGAGCUUUUAGAAUCAAGAUGUAUAGAAAAAGGUAUAACUUUCGUCCCAAUAGCAGGCAAAACGAGAGAAGGCCGGCCGUUAUACAAAAUAGGCGAGCUGCAGUGCUAUGUGAUAAGAAAUGUUAUUAUGUACUCGGAUAAUGGAGGCAGGACGUUUGUGCCCAUCGGUCUAGAGAAACUUUUGAGUUUGGUCGAAGAA